GCAAUAGCGCGGCCGCCAUCUUGUCGAAGCAGAAGUCUAGGGCGCCGCGGCAGGACACAGGCAGCGCCAACGCAGCACGGGGCGAGAGGCCGGGAAGGGAAAGCGGGGCGGACAACUCAGGAGCUACUCUCGGCCUAAGCCGAGCUACGCACGCAGCUGUGCGUUAGGAGACAUCUUUGCAUGAAGAGAGACUUGUUCUAUGGCCUCAGAGCUGGGUUCAGGAGAAGAUGGCAACUGCACAGAGCUGGCAACGCCUCUCUAUCUGCGGUAUUUGGAGAAAGCUCUGCGGUUGGAUCACUUUUUACGACAGACUUCUGCCAUUUUCAAUAGGGCUGCAUCCAGUGAUGAAAGUGAGGAUGGAUUGGAUGACAAUCCUUUGCUUCCUCAGCCUGGGAGUCCCUUGAUGCAAGUGAAAGAAGAGCCUGCAACCUCAUUGCUUGGAGAACCUUCUGGAGCAGGAUGUUCAGGAAUGUUAAACACACACUCCCUCAAUGGAGUGCUACAAUCUGAGCCAAAAACAGAAAAAGGGAGUCUAUAUAACUUUUCCAAAUUGAAGAAAAGCAGAAAAUGGCUAAAGAGCAUUCUCCUGAGUGAUGACGACAGUGACAGUGAAUCAGUAACUGAUGAAGAUGGGGAAGGAGAAGAAUUCACUCUUUCAAGAGAAGAACUUCACAAUAUGCUGCGAUUGCACAAGUACAAAAAACUGCAUCAAAAUAAAUACAGCAAAGAUAAAGAGUUACAGCAGUAUCAGUAUUACAGUACAGGUUUGCUGUCUACAUAUGAUCCUUAUUACGAGCAACAACGUCAUCUCAUAGGGCCGAAGAAAAAGAAGUUGAAAGAGGAAAAAAAAUUAAAAGCAAAAUUGAAAAAGGUGAAAAAAAAGAAAAGAAGGGAUGAAGACAUUUCAUCUGAGGAGUCACCACGACGUCAUCACCACCAAAUCAAAGUUUUUGCCAAGUUUUCUCACGACACCCCUCCACCAGGGUCUAAGAAAAAGCAUUUAUCUAUUGAACAAUUAAAUGCUCGCCGGAGGAAAGUAUGGUUGAGCAUUGCUAAAAAGGAGCUGCCCAAGGCAUACAAGCAAAAAGUCUCUGCCCGAAAUUUGUUCUUGAGCAAUAGCAGAAAGCUGGCUCACCAGUGUAUGAGAGAGGUGCGUCGAGCAGCUAUUCAAGCCCAAAAGAAUUGCAAGGAAACUCUACCAAGGGCACGUCGACUUACAAAGGAGAUGCUUUUGUAUUGGAAAAAAUAUGAAAAAGUGGAAAAAGAGCACCGCAAAAGAGCAGAGAAAGAAGCAUUGGAACAACGCAAAUUGGAUGAGGAGAUGAGAGAAGCUAAAAGACAGCAGAGAAAACUUAACUUCCUGAUAACCCAAACCGAGCUGUAUGCCCACUUCAUGAGUCGCAAACGAGAUACAGGACAUGAUGGAAUUCAGGAAGAAAUUCUAAGGAAACUUGAAGACAGUUCUAUCCAGAGGCAAAUUGAUAUUGGUGGAGGAGUUGUUGUCAACAUUACUCAAGAAGAUUAUGACAGUAACUAUUACAAGGCUCAGGCUUUGAAAAAUGCUGAAGAUGCUUUUCGAAUUCAUCAGGCCCAAACCAGGUCUUUUGAUGAAGAUGCUAAGGAGAGCCGGGCAGCUGCACUUCGAGCUGCCAAUAAAUCUGGCACUGGCUUUGGAGAGAGCUACAGCCUUGCCAACCCUUCCAUCCGGGCAGGAGAGGACAUUCCACAGCCUACCAUUUUCUGUGGCAAAUUAAAAGGUUACCAGUUGAAAGGCAUGAAUUGGCUAGCCAAUCUUUAUGAGCAGGGCAUCAAUGGUAUCCUAGCAGAUGAAAUGGGGCUGGGUAAAACUGUGCAGAGUAUUGCCUUAUUAGCGCAUCUGGCUGAGAGAGAGAACAUCUGGGGCCCCUUUUUAAUAAUUUCACCAGCUUCCACAUUAAACAACUGGCAUCAGGAGUUCGCCAGAUUUGUUCCUAGAUUUAAGGUGCUACCAUAUUGGGGAAAUCCCAAUGACCGAAAAGUGAUCAGGAAAUUCUGGAGUCAGAAGACUUUGUAUACUCAGGAUGCUUCUUUUCAUGUGGUGAUCACCAGUUAUCAACUUGUAGUCCAAGAUGUCAAGUAUUUUCAGCGGGUGAAAUGGCAAUAUAUGGUGCUGGAUGAAGCACAGGCACUCAAGAGUAGUUCCAGCGUCCGCUGGAAAAUUUUGCUUCAGUUCCAAUGUAGAAACCGACUAUUGCUAACUGGAACCCCCAUCCAAAACACUAUGGCUGAGCUCUGGGCUUUGCUUCAUUUCAUUAUGCCAACAUUGUUUGAUUCCCAUGAAGAGUUCAAUGAAUGGUUUUCUAAAGAUAUUGAAAGCCAUGCGGAAAAUAAAUCUGCGAUUGACGAGAAUCAACUGUCACGUUUGCACAUGAUCUUGAAACCUUUUAUGUUGAGAAGAAUAAAGAAAGAUGUGGAAAACGAAUUGUCAGACAAGAUCGAGAUUCUUAUGUAUUGCCAGCAGACCAGUCGACAGAAAUUAUUAUAUCAAGCUCUGAAGAAUAAGAUUUCAAUUGAUGACCUUUUACAAUCCUCCAUGGGCACUACUCAGCAAGCCCAGAACACUACUAGUAGCCUCAUGAACCUUGUCAUGCAGUUCAGGAAGGUCUGCAAUCAUCCAGAGCUCUUUGAGCGACAAGAAACAUGGUCUCCAUUUCACAUUUCAUUAAAGCCAUAUCAGAUUUCAAAGUUUCUCUAUCGCCAUGGACAGAUCAGGGUGUUUAACCAUUCACGAGACAGGUGGUUGCAGUUUUUACUAUCUCCUUUUGCGCCAGACUACAUUCAGCAAUCUCUGUUCCAUAGAAGGGGUGCUGAGAAAGGGAGUUGUUUCUCUUUCCUACGGUUUAUUGAUGUUUCUCCAGCAGAAUUGGCAAACCUGAUGCAUAAAGGACACCUAGCCAGAUGGUUAGCUCUUUUCCUGUCUUUGAAAGCCGCCUACAGGCUCCACCACUUUCGAUUCUGGAAAGAGCCAGAAAAAGAAAACCAGCAUCAGUCUCGGUAUCUGAAGAAUCAAGAUUUUGUGCUGGAUGUCAGCUUCCCACUCUCCCCACCCAACUUGCACAACUGCACUUUGCUGCAGGGCCUUGUAUUCACAAGCCAUUGUAAAGCAGUAAUUGGCCACUCGGAUUACAUCAUUCAUCAACAGUCAGCUACCUCAUGGAAACAGUAUUGUCAAAUCACAGAGCUGCCGCCUUUUCUGACCGCUGUGAGCCCACAGGUAACAGCUGUUCCAUUGGAUUUCUAUUGCAAUGAUCGCAGUGCAGAGUAUGAGCGCAAAGCACUUAAAGAUGGAGGAACUCUUGAAGCAAAGCAAUGUGUAUUUUAUGGAGCUCCUGAAGUAGCAACCAGCUGGUUAAAACGAUGCUCUCAGUUGUUUCCUGUAGCCCCAGGAGGACUAUUGGGGCUCAAACCUCCAAAUGGCUGGUCUUUCAUCAGGAUACCAGACAAAGAGAGCUUGAUCACAGACAGUGGAAAGCUUUAUGCUCUUGAUGUUCUAUUGACCAGGCUAAAAUCUCAAGGGCACAGAGUCCUUAUCUACUCUCAGAUGACACGGAUGAUUGACUUAUUGGAGGAAUAUAUGGUUUAUAGGAAGCAUACAUACAUGCGGCUAGAUGGCUCUUCGAAAAUUUCAGAAAGAAGAGAUAUGGUAGCUGACUUUCAGAACAGGAAUGAUAUUUUUGUGUUCUUACUAAGCACGAGAGCGGGUGGUUUAGGUAUUAAUCUUACAGCUGCUGAUACAGUCAUUUUCUACGAUAGUGACUGGAAUCCAACAGUGGAUCAACAGGCUAUGGAUCGAGCUCACAGGCUGGGUCAGACAAAACAAGUCACUGUGUAUCGACUGAUUUGUAAAGGCACUAUUGAGGAGCGCAUCUUGCAAAGGGCUAAAGAAAAAAGUGAGAUUCAAAGAAUGGUGAUUUCGGGUGGCAAUUUCAAACCAGACACCUUGAAACCAAAGGAAGUUGUUAGUCUACUUUUGGAUGAUGAGGAACUUGAAAAAAAAUUGCGUCAACGUCAAGAGGAGAAACGGCAACAGGAAGAAACAAAUCGUGUCAAAGAGCGUAAACGUAAAAGGGAAAAGUAUGCUGAAAAGAAAAAGAAGGAAGAUGAGUUAGAUGGGAGAAAAAGGAAAGAAGGCAUCAAUCUUGUGGUCCCGUUUGUUCCAUCUGCAGAUAAUUCAAAUCUUUCAGCUGAUGGUGAUGAGUCUUUUGUUAGUGUAGAGUCUGCCAUGCCCAGCCCUUUCAGUGAGAUUUCCAUCAACAGUGAGUUGCACAUGGGUUCCAUCCCCCCUGAUGAGAGCAGCAAUGACAUGCUUGUAAUUGUAGAUGAUCCAGCAUCUUCUGCACCCCAGUCAAGAGCUACUAAUUCCCCAGCUUCCAUCACCGGCUCUGUCUCUGACAAUGUGAAUGGAAUUUCAGUACAAGAUUUGCCUGUCACAGGAAGAGGUCAUUCGAGUAGAAGUCGAGGUCGGCCCAAAAGUUCAAACCAUGGAUCCAAAAGUACAACAAAAGGUCGGAGCCGAAAAUCAACUGCAGGAAGUGCAGCUGCCAUGGCGGGGGCUAAAGCAGGAGCAGCUGCUGCCUCAGCGGCAGCAUAUGCAGCCUAUGGCUACAACGUGUCUAAAGGUAUGCCUUCAGGUAGCCCUCUCCAGACUCCACUUAUCCGACCUGCUGGACUUUCAGAUUUUGGAUUAUCAAGCGCCUCUUCCUCCCUGAGCAAAGGAAACAGUGUUUGUGGAUCCUCUAAGAACUUAAGCUUAGCCAGCUCCUUGGCACCAGAAACCCCUAUUCGAAAACAAUAUAAAGGAGCCCAUAUUUCAGGUGGGCGGUAGUAAUUUUGAAUCCCUGGAACCUAUAUGUGUCCAUAUUGGCUUUCAAAGUAGCCCACGCCUACCAGCAAAAGGGUAUAUAGAUGAUGCCUUGUUUUCAUCCCAUGUGGGUGUGAAGAUUACUGCACUACUUGUCAAGAGGUGUUUUAUGUGCACUUUCAUGCAUAGUCCAGAUUUACUACCCUUUGCA